AGUUUCUAGCAUGUCCGCAAGGAGCACUUCUGUUCUCGCUGGUUUACUUUCUUCCAUCCUGUUAUUAGACUUACUUCAUGGCCGAUUUUGACAUAAGGACCGAUUAGACGGCACAAAAAGCGUUAAUAAAUAAUAAAUAUAUAUGGAAUGUAUGAUAUAAAAAAUGGAUAACGACACGCCGCUGAUUUACGGGCUUGAGUUUCAAGCAAGAGCACUAUCGGCUCAAACAGCUGAAACUGACAUUGUAAGGUUUCUAGUGGGAACGCAGUCUCUGAAAUUCCACAACAAUCAAGUACAUUUAGUUGAGCUUAAUGACGAAACAGGGGGCUUAAAGACACAAGUGUUUCAACAUUCCGUCGGAGAGAUCUGGUCGCUGCAAGCUUCGCCUACGGAUAUAGACAAAUUCAUAACUUGUUACAAUUAUCUUAACGAUGAAGGAAUCUGUCAAAUGAAGGGCGCUUUGUGGAAGAUGCCAGAGAUGAAAGAAUAUACAAAUGACAUCGUUAAGUUGGAGAAAUUAGAUGAUUUAGAUACGACAUCUUAUGGAAACGAUUUAAAAACAAUUGCGUACCAUCCAAUGGAUGGUACCAAGGUCGUUUCGGUUGUUGACAAUAAUUUUGUUCUUUGGGAUUUAACGGACAGUAAAUGCCAGGUCGUUACUGUAGGCACCUUGUCAGGCAAGGGUCAACCUCGUUUCACAAACGGCAAGUGGAAUCCUCAUAAUGGAUGCAAUCAGUUUGUCACGUUAAACGAGACUAAUGUGCGAGGAUGGGAUUUCAGAUGCCCAUCGGAAACAGCGUGGAUAAUUCAGCCAGCACACUCGCAGAUCGUAAGGGAUUUGGACUUUAAUGCAAAUCGACAGUAUUUCUUGUCGACAUGUGGAGAUGAUGGCUAUAUGAAGUUCUGGGAUAUUCGAUCACCCUCAGAUCCUAUCGUGUCUCGAAUGGAACAUUCUCAUUGGGUUUGGAAUAUUCGGAUCAAUAGAUUCCACGAUCAGUUGGUGUUAACUUCGAGUAGCGAUUCGAGAGUAAUACUUUGCAGUAUUGCUUCUAUUUCCUCGGAACCUUUCGGACAUAUUGUUCCAACCGAGGAUAGCGAAGAUCCUAGUCAAGCAGAAGAAAGUUCUAAAGAGAAAUUGGAAGACGGAGUUGUCGGAAGGUAUGAAGAACACGAAGAUAGUGUUUAUGCCGUUGAAUGGUCUUCGGCAGAUCCAUGGACCUUCGCAUCGCUCAGUUAUGAUGGUCGAUUAGUGCUUAAUAAAGUUCCACGUAAAUAUAAAUAUCAGAUACUUUUAUAAUGUAGGCUUAUAGUAAAUUUUAUAUAUUAAACAAUUAAAGGAAGAUUCUAUGGAGCUAUUUAAUAAA